AUGCCCCCAAAAAUUCCGGCUCCUCAUCAUAAUUCCCCAGUACCUACUUCAUCAUCCUGUCGUCCGGGUUCAGGUCCUAAACAAGAACCCACUUCUCCUAAGCAAGAACUCACUUCUCCUUCCUAUCAUCCAGGUCCAGGUCCUAAACAAGAACCCAUUUCUCCUUCCUAUCAUCCUGGUCCGGGUCCUAAACAAGAACACACUUCUCCUUCUUCACCAAUCAUGCCCUACCCGCGUGCACCUGCUCCAAAAUCCAGCCCUUUGAAGCCUGUAUCACCAACACUAAGCCCAGUUCCCUAUCCAUCUAAAUGGAUCAAGGCUGCCUAUUGGCCAUCAUCUGAUUCAUUCCCAGUAUCCUCCAUUAAUACCUCAUACUUCACCCAUAUUUACCAUGCAUUCCUCUUACUUGACCCAACUACAUAUAAACUCAAUGUGUCCCAAUUUGACCAAAUAAAGAUCCCCCAGUUCAUUGGUACGCUCCAUGCGAAAACCCCACUUGUCAAAACCUUAUUAUCCAUAGGAGGAGGUGCUAGUGACCCAACUGUGUUCUCUAAAAUGGUUAGUAGUGAUGCCACACGUAAAAUUUUCAUCAAAUCUACUAUAGAGAUAGCUAGAAAGUAUGGGUUUGAUGGUGUUGAUCUUGAUUGGGAAUUCCCUGUAAAUGACACAGACAUGUUCAACCUUGGCUUGUUAUACAAGCAAUGGCAUGAAGCCCUAGUCAAUGAAGCUUUGAUUUGUGGAAAACCACGCCUACUUUUAAUGUCUGCUGUAUAUUUUGCUUCAAAAUUUAUUUUUGGUGAGCCUCAACCAUAUUCAUACCCAAUUCAGGCUAUACAUAAAUACCUAGAUUGGGUUAGUCCAAUGUGUUUUGAUUAUCAUGGAAAGGGGGAUAAGUUAACUGGAGAGCGUUCAGCACUAUACGAUCCUAAGAGUAAUAUUACUACAUAUUUUGGAAUCGGGUCGUGGAUCCAAGCUGGUGUACCAUCCCAUAAGCUUGUUAUGGGGCCACCUUUGUAUGGAAACACAUGGAAGCUCCAAGACCUGGAAGUUAAUGGUAUCAGAGCACCCGCAAUAGGAGUGGGGCCCGGAGUUGAUGGUGUGUUGGAUUAUUAUCAAAUACUUGAUUUCAACAAUAAGAAUAAAACUACCAUUGUAUUUGACACUGAAACUAUGUCGUAUUAUUCUUACGUGGGAGACUAUUGGAUCGGGUACGAUGAUGUCUAGUCGAUAACGAUGAAGGUCUAGUUUGCACGAUCUCGGAAGUUGGGUGGAUAUUUCUUUUGGGCCCUUGGCAAGGAUAAGGAUUGGGCCAUCUCAAGUCGAGGUAAACUUGUUUUGAAAUGA